UUAGAGUUAAAAAGAGAGCGUUGUGUCAGUCGUGAAUGAUGGAGAAGAGAUGAGUGUAUUUAAUUUUACACCAUUUCUCAGCUUUUCUUUAUGGUUUUCUUAUUUGUCAUUUGUUAACUCCAAAGCAUCUAUAAAAAUUCUCCAGCCAUUACCACCAAUAACAGAAGGAGACAUUGGUUCCAGAUUAACCUUGCAGUGUAACAUCAGUGGUCAUCCAAUCCCUCAGUUUUUCUGGUACAAAGAUGGUCACCAGCUAACCAAGGAUCUGAGCUUGCAAGUUAAAGGCCAUGGUGGAAGCCUGUAUUCUUCAGGCCUACAUCGUGGUGAUGAAGGAAGCUACACAUGUGUGGCAGACAACAGUUAUGAGUUUCAGAAGCUGACCACAAAACUUAUUGUGAAAACUUGCCCAGGCCAGCUAGUGAAUGUUACAGUGAUUCCCUCUACAGUAGUAGCUACAGUUCGUUGGUAUGUUGGUGAUGAUGGCGGUUAUCCAAUCUCACACUUCACAUUAGUCUAUUUUCCAUUAUUCCACCAAGCUAAUGAUACCAAGCACUUCCUUGUGCCAGUAAAAAUCAGUCCAACAGUUAGGGAGUUUCUAGUCUAUCAUCUGAAACCAGAUACACAUUACGUGUUUCGAAUAUGGGCAUCAAACAAACUGGGACAAGGGAAACCCAUAACUGUUAAAGUCAAAACUGCAAAGCCUCUUGAUUUGCCAGAAGUAGUACAGCAUAGAAUUGCUCAUGAGGAUUACUUCAGCUCCACCUUGUGGAUGGUUGCUGCUUCAAUGGUAGCUGCAACUGUUCUUUUUGUGUCUUGCUUGAGCUGUGUUUUGAUCUACAGGGAUGGAAGGCAUAUUUAUGAUGAAAUUGAACUUCAAGCAGUGCCAAAUCUUAUUCCAAACCGUGGUUUUGACAUUGAUCUAGAAGAAUCUCGUUUAUUAAGAGAAGCAGACCAAAAUGCUUUCAAGUAUGUUAAUUUGAUCCUUUUGUGUUUGUAAUGAAGCAGAGAAAGCUUUUGCCAGUAUCAUGAGAUUGGUGAUGUCAACCUAAAGGAACUUAGAAACAAAUAAAGGUGUGUAAUGAUAUGAUAUAGGAUUUAUUUUUUUCCCCCGAGGGAAAAUACAAAGGAAUUAUUCUGAGCUCCUUUUCUUGCUCUACAGAAUUGUAACUUGUAUAAAAUGUUAAACUACAAAGAAAUUCACCCACAAAAAUAUAGAAAUAUAAAAGUAAACCAUAGUAUUCCCAGACUUUAUCAUUUCCUUCCUUAUUUUAUACCUAUUUUUUUUUACUAAGUUGCUGGGAGGUUUGAAUGAGGUGUUUUGUAACACAAUUUUUAACUUUUGAAUAUUUUUUUUAGCUGUAUACACAACAAUGGUUUGUUUAAAGUUUUCCCAUCUUAGUUUACACGAGAAGUACAUUGAUUUUGAAUACAAGAUUUUAGGGACAACACAUAGCUAAAAGCUUUUAGGACUGCAGUUUUUUUUAAAUGUUGAUGUUAAAUAAGAAAGGCAUAGGAAAACAAAAACGACACUGGUGAGAUAUUAAUUUAUUUGUAUUAUGUACUUAAUAGGCAUUUACAGCAUCACUAAAAUCUGAAAGUACAAUAACUUACUAGCAGUGCCUGAAGAGACAUGAUUGGCUUAAAUUGAAUUUAUUAAUUAUGAUGAAUUUUAUAUUUGGAACUUUGAGGAUAGCUCAUCUUGUUUAUUUUUGUUUAAGUCCGGUAUGUCAGAAGAGUAUAUUAAAGUAACUUUGUAUUUUACUGGGUUAACUUGUACUUCUGUCUAGGUAACUUAAUUUUAUCAGAAGUUAAUGACAGAUUUUUUUUUUUCAUCUUUUUAAAUUUUCUUUUUCAACCUUAAAUGAUUAUCAAAGUACCAAAAAUUGUGCUGUUAGAUAAAAACCAAGUAGUCCUUAAGAAAGUGUUGUAACUUGGAAUGUCAUAAAUUUAACUUUAUGUCCUAAAAUCAUGGCAUUUAAAUUAAGCCAUUUCAGUUUGUAUUUAGUAAUGUUUUUCAGUUUGGAGUUUAUUCUCUUUUUACCAUGACAAGGAUUUUGAAAUUAUUUAUGGUGUUAAUGUUAGUGUUGUUAUGCUCAUGAUCUCAUAUUGUAUCUAAGUCCUAAUGAAGCUAUUUCUGUACCAUUUUAUGUAAAAUAGUCAACAUCAUGUAAUUAUGUUGGUAAUUUACUAGUGAAAAAUAAAGAUAGAUAUUGGUUUAAUUAGA